AUGUCGUCCAGCUCUGGGCCUCUCUCGCCACAGAGCACAACGGCCACGUCGUCUCUGGCCGCGAAGGCGGCAAACCCACUUUCGUCCAAGGUUACAACGGUUCUCUCGUCAUCUUAUGCGGAUACCGAGUUCCGAGAAGCGCUUGCGCUCUUAGACGAGCGCGGCGUCCAAAACACGGCAGAGACACGGCGCCAGCUGCGGCUAGACCUGCAGAAAGAGGUUAUUGACAGCAAUGGCGAGAUCAUCGAUGAGUUUGCCAAAGUUGCCGAGCAACUCCGACGGAUCGGCACAACCAUUGGCAGGUUGAAUGAAACCUUCAACGAGAUGAAGACACAGAUCGGUUCUGCUCAGAAGACCACUUCAUCAACCCUGAUAGAGGCUUCCCAGCUCAUGAUUCAGCGGCGCCAAGUCGAACAAAAGCAAGCUUUGCUUGGUGCCUUCAAUACCAAUUUUGUCCUGUCCGAGGAUGAGACGGCUGCAUUGACGCUGACCUCGGAGCCUGUCGAUGACCUCUUUUUUGCUGUCCUCGCCAAAGCAAAGAGGAUUAGUAAGGAUUGUGAGAUCCUCCUCGGUUUUGAGAACCAAACACUGGGGCUUGAGAUUAUGGAACAGACCUCCAAGAACCUCAAUCUGGGCUUCCAGAAGCUGUACAAGUGGGUUCAGAGAGAGUUCAAAACCCUGAAUCUAGAGAACCCUCAAAUAGGUUCGUCUAUCCGCCAUGCACUUCGUGUGUUGGCCGAGCGGCCCAGUCUAUUUCAAAACUGCCUUGACUUCCUCGCUGAGGCGCGGGAGCAUGUGUUAUCCAAUUCCUUUCACACGGCUUUGACCGGCAGCUCGCCGUCCGGAAUAGAGGACCAGUCGGUCAAGCCCAUCGAGCUUGUGGCGCAUGAUACCUUGAGAUACGUUGGGGACAUGCUUGCCUGGGCACACUCAGCAGCCGUCGGUGAACGGGAAGCCCUUGAGGGCUUGUUCAUUGGGGAAGGCGAUGAGAUUGCGAAGGGCAUCCAGGCUGGCCGGGACAACGAGAUCUGGCGGCUCGUUGCCGAAGACGGUGAAGUUUCGGAUACUUUUGAUGCUGUGGAAACCUUGAAUGAGUUGGUGGACCGGGACCUGUCGGGCGCGGCACGGUUACUUCGGCAACGAGUCGAGCAAGUGAUUCAAACUAACGAGGAAACGAUACUGGCCUAUAAGCUCGCAAACCUGCUCAAUUUCUAUAAGAGCACCUUCUCCAGACUACUCAGCGUGGGGUCGGCUCUCGUGGAGACACUUGGGGCGCUCGAAUCCGAAGCUCUCCGACAGUUCCGCUCUCUGGCUCGAGACCACGUCGCGGCGAUCCAGGGUGACUUCCAGCAUACGCCUGCCGACUUGCGCCCUCCUGAGUUCUUGCUGGGCGCCCUGGAACAACUCGCGGCCAUAAUGAAGACGUACGAGACAUCGUUCACAUCUUCGAGUGACCGAGAAGAAGAAUUUGAACCAGUACUAGCGGAGGCAUUCGACCCGUUCAUCUCGGGAUCGGCUAACAUGGCCAAGCCACUCCGCGCCCCGUCGAACUCCAUCUUCCUCAUCAACUGUUUACUGACCGCCGAGAGAAGUCUUUCCCGUUUUGAUUUCACGCAGCGCCGCGCCGCCCGACUGCAAGCGCAAAUACAAGAGGAGAGAGCCCGCCUCGUGGAGACGCAGUAUCGGUUCUUCCGGGGCGAGUCCGGUCUAGAUUCUCUGAUCGUGCAGCUAGAGCCACUAGGGGAGAGCAAGGAAGAUAUACAGAAAGCAUUGCUGCUUGAGUCCCUCCAGUCACCUGCGCUAUCGCAGGCGAGUCAGAAGCUGGACGACUUCCUGCCGUCGGCAUUGAUGGAUGCGAUGGAGAAUUUAAAGAAUCUCCAAGAUUCGAGGCUGGUUCAAAGUAUCACUGAAGAAGCAGCUGAGAAAUUCUGUGUCGACUUUGAGCAUGUUGAGGAAAUGCUCAUCUUGGUGGACGAGGCGACUGAGCAAAAGCAGAACGAGCAGGACGACAUCCAAGGGCCCCGGACUUUAUUCCCUCGAACAUCGGGGGAAAUUCGAGUCCUAUUGUCAUAG